AUGACUCAAAAGACGCCAGUUCACCUCCAAAACCCCGCAGGCCACUUCACUCCACCAUUGCUGGAGAACAAAGAUUCCAAUCCUCAAGUCCCACCAACUGGUCGUGGAUGGCGGUUAUUACUUCCAAAGCGACGCGAGAAACAAUCUACCCAAUAUACCUUACAACAAAUCCAGUCUCCUCUGUUCGAAUGUUUCCCUACCGAAAUCCGACUUCUCAUCUGGGAACAUUAUCUCUGUAGCCGUAUGCUGCAUAUUGUUGUUCGAUCAAUGCAGCACAAAUGGAGACGACCUAAAAACCGGAUUAUCGGGGUCUUGUGCAUAGUACCUUGCAAUUUCUGUCCAUGCAGUCAUCAUUGUCAGGUAAGACUUAGGGCGUGGGAUUACCGUACGCGUAGGGAACGCAUUCAAUAUUUUGAUGAGCUCUCUUACUCCGUGGAACUUGAGACAAGGAGAGUCGAUUUUGUGCCACAUUUACAAUCGUGUCGAAGAGUCGUGGUCAGGUACUCGGAGGUUGUGGAUAUCAUCUUUCAAAAGAACACUUUCCACUUUGAGGACACAUACACGAUUAUUGAAUUUUCACAUACACUUCUACCACAGCGCCUGGGCAUGAUACGCACUUUACAACUCAGUUUUCCGAAUCUCAAUCCAGGUUGGAAUAGAUGCUGCGAGAUUCUCGCUACUAAGCUGCCUGGUCUGAAGACAUUGACCAUCCGUUUAUAUGAUGCCGCCACAAACCAUCUGGAUGGUUGGCUUAGGCCGCUGUAUCAAAUUCAACAGCCCACGGUUUUCAAAGUCUUGGUGACCAAACCAUGGGAUCCGAACCCACAACUGGGGGAGUUGAUCAGGCUUGCUGAUGCACCUUUUCGAAUUGAACUUGUGGAGAGAGACAGCGUUCGGGAGGCACAUUGUUACAUUGUUACCUAG